CAAAUGAGAUUGUGCUGCGCAUGUGUGAACUUCAGUGUGCUGAUAGCUCUUGGGCAGUUCGGACGUAGUUUGAAUUGUCCUAACUUCAGAUUAAAUAUUAAACCAACGUAGUUGGUAUUCAUUUUAUAAUUAAUAAAAUUUGAUAUAAGAUAUAAAUAAAAGUUAGUAAUCACCGGAUGUAAUUCGGUAAAAAUUUACGACUUUCACCUGUUUUCGGCACUUUGCCGUAAACCGGUUAUAAAGAAAACACAUGGCGGAGAAAAUGAUCGAAAAGGGGUCCGCCUCUAAAAGAAAGUCUUCACUUGAAGACAUCAGUAAUACGGACGAAGAGGAGCUUCUGUCCGAGAAGAUAAAUUCCGUUUCCAGCGCGGCUGGUAAAAGGAAACAUGAGUCGACAAAGUCGAAAGCUUCCGCGAGUGGCGGAGCAAACACUUCAAGUGUAAAGGGUAAGAAACCAGCGAAGGUUAAUAGUAAUGAAACUCAAAACCCUGGCCCUUCUACCUCUGCAAAAGUAGACAAUCAUGAUGCAAUCAUGUCAAUGUUAGUCUCAAUCCAAGAAGGUCAGAAAAGACAAUCUGACGAUAUAAGGUCUUUAAAAGACCGGGUACAAGACAUUGAAGAAUAUGACGAGGGUAAUAAUUAUGAUGAUAAUUAUGAUGAAGGUGAAGAAAACCCCCAUGAUGAUGGGGAAAAUGUAGACAAUGAAAGUGAACCACCUGCUAAGAAGCAGAACAAAGAUGAUAAUAGGUUUUCAUCAAUGUCUAAGAGAUGUAAGGUUCAAGAACUUUGUGAUGUCAAAAUUGAUGAGGUCUUGGCAAAUAAUGUCAAUGAGUUGUUCAGGAAUGGUAUGAAUGAGGAACAAUACUCUGAGUUAACAAAAGAUGAAAACAAUGCAAGACCUGAAAAUUGUGAAGGUUUAUCUAUUGUAAGAAUAAACCAACUCAUGUGGAAUGUAAUUUCACCAGGAGCACAAUCUGCUGAUAAAAAAUUACAAUUUCUUGAAAGAACUAUUGUAAAAGCAGCAACAAUUCUAACAAAAACUGUCAACAAAAUGGCUAUUGACGAAAACAACAAUGCCAAUGGUAACUCUGGUAGUGGAGAAUACAUUGACAAAUGUAAUGAUGUAUUGGCUUUGUUGGGCCAUGCAAACCGCCAAUUGAAUAUGACUAGAAGGGAUUUUUUAAAGCCCGAAAUGAUGGCAGAAUAUGUGCCUCUCUGCUCACACUCUGUUCCUUACACAAACAACCUUUUUGGAGAUGAUGUCUCUAAAGUUGCAAAGGACAUUGAAGAUUGUUCCAAAGUUGGAAACAAGUUGAAGUUUGGUAGUGGCAGAGGUAGAGGCGGAGGCUUCUUCAGAGGUGGUAGAGGAGGCCACAGAGGUACUUUUAGCAGAGGUGGCUACCGUGGAGGAAGAGGUGGCUUCCGAGGAGGAAGAGGUCGAGGUUCCGGCCCUAUUCCAAAAAACUCCCAGAGAGGAGGAAAUCCACAGAAAUAUUAGAUACAUCAAAUGAAUUUAUUGAGCCGGUGCAUUUUCAAAAUCAGAGAGGACGGUGCAAGAGGAGUAGUAAUAGCUCCAUUUUGGCAGACACAAACUUGGUUUCCGAGACUAAUGCAGUUGUUAACAGACAAUCCAAUCGUUCUUCCAA